AACACUCAACAGAUACCUGGGUUAAAGAUUCACUAUCCCAAAUAGACUCUCAAAUGGACCCGGGUGGAUUCCUCUAAAGUGCCCUUGUGAUUCUUGACAUAAAUUUACAUCGAAGGCUGCGUUCGUCUCGCCUCACUCCUGUUCCUGUCUUGUCGCCCCCAGCCACUCCUUGUUGGGUUAGCGGUGAUUUCACAGGCAACCACAACUGCUCAGCAACCAAGUUCGUCAUCACCCGAGAGCUUCCCACCCCCGACCUCUCUCUUUUCCCCAUCAACAACCAUCAAUCGAUCAACAAACGGGGUUGCGCAUCAACAUAACACACUCAUACCCAUCUAUUACUUUGAUAGUGAUAGUCUUUCAUUCGAAUCGCAAUCAUGAAGGGCGCCCUCUUCGCCGCAGCGUCGCUGCUGAGCUCUGUGAGCGCUGGCAUCCACAAGAUGCCACUCAAGAAAGUAUCACUUUCUGAGCAACUUGCUGGUGCCAACAUGGAUCAGCAUGUCAGGCAUCUUGGCCAGAAGUAUAUGGGUAUCCGACCUCAAUCUCAUGUCGACGAGAUGUUCAAGGAGACCUCAAUCCACGUUGAAGGUGAUGACCACAAGGUCCCCGUCAGCAACUUCUUGAACGCUCAAUACUUCUCUGAGAUCACGAUUGGUACCCCUCCCCAGACCUUCAAAGUCGUUCUCGAUACUGGAAGCUCCAACCUCUGGGUUCCAUCAUCCGAGUGUGGAUCGAUCGCCUGUUAUCUCCACACCAAGUACGAUUCGUCUUCCUCAUCUACAUACCAAAAGAACGGAUCAUCGUUCGAGAUCCGAUAUGGCUCUGGCAGUCUUAGCGGUUUCGUCUCGGAAGAUGUGAUGACCAUUGGUGAUUUGAAGAUCAAGAACCAGCUCUUCGCAGAAGCUACCGAAGAACCGGGUCUUGCUUUUGCUUUCGGUCGAUUUGACGGUAUUCUGGGUCUUGGAUUCGAUACUAUCUCCGUCAAUAAGAUCCCGCCUCCACACUACAACAUGAUCGAGCAAGGUUUGCUCGACGAGCCAGUGUUCGCUUUCUAUCUCGGCAGCACCGAGAACGAUGCUGAAGGAUCUGAGGCUACCUUUGGUGGCGUUAACAAGGAUCACUACACCGGCAAGAUCACUGAGAUCCCAUUGAGACGCAAGGCCUACUGGGAAGUUGACCUUGAUUCUAUCUCCUUCGGUGACUCUACUGCUGAGCUUGAGAACACUGGUGUCAUACUCGAUACCGGAACCUCUCUCAUUGCUCUCCCAACCACUCUUGCCGAGCUUCUCAACAAGGAGAUGGGCGCCACGAAGGGUUAUAAUGGCCAGUACACUGUUGAUUGCGCCAAGCGUGACGAGCUUCCAGACAUGUCUUUCAAGCUUAGCGGUUACGACUUUGCUAUUACCCCAUACGACUAUAUCCUCGAGGUUCAAGGUUCCUGCAUCUCCACCUUCAUGGGAAUGGACUUCCCAGAGCCAGUAGGACCACUGGCUAUUCUCGGUGAUGCCUUCCUCCGAAAGUGGUACUCUGUCUACGACUUGGGCAAGGGAACUGUGGGUCUCGCCAAGGCCAAGGCUUAAAUGCCUCAUGUUCUAUAUGGAAAGAUACAAAUUGGAA